UUUUGCUCCAGGGAAGCGGACAAGAUGGUGUGGGUUUACCAUGUAACAGUCUCCCAACAGGUGCCAAAGGCGUGGAAACCACAACCAUGCCCUCAGAGAGGAUUUCUGAUUUCCACAUUCCUAGCCUAGUCACUGACACGAUCCACGAAACCCCUCAUCUCAUUUCCUGUCGCACAAUGAGAACCUUUCUGUCCGUGGCGGCCUUUGGCCUAGACGUCACUGCCGUCGCCCUCCCUUCUAUUCCUGGCGCGGAUAUCAAGGCAGUAUCUUUGCACAAUACCAAGAGCACGCCGUCUACCGCACCAUCAUCCACCGCCUACCAUAUCCCAUGCACAAACCCAUCCGAUUACGGGCCAGAUGUGGUGUACGCGAAACCUUGGCCCACCAGCGUGACGACGACCGCAACUCCGCAUGCAACUGUGAUCGCUCGACGAGCUGAGCGUAACUUUGCAGAGCUCACGCAAACACCAGGGCUCCAGAACUUUCCAGACUUCUUGAACAAGCCGUUCAACGAGUUGCUUUCGACGCAAACUGCUUCUCCUGGUGAGCGCGAUACCGCAAUGCCCACGAAACGUCAAGGCCGGGAUAACUGGGACAAAGCGUUCGCCUCGCACUUCUCCCAGUUGGCCCCAAAACAUCUUCUCGAAGGAGCCGGUCGCCUAGUCACGAGACCAAAGACCGCCGCGACUCCAAUGACUGAGCAACCCUUCCCGAGUCCCUUCUUCGAGUGUCCUUUUGAGAUUCCGACACAUGUGAAGCAUGGUCAGAAAUCCGAUCAGUCUCUGCCGAGACGCUGGCGAGGUGGAAUUGUUUCCCGCCAGAGCACUGCAUCAACCUUGCGAUUUCUUUCGGUGGUAGAACUACCAAAAAUACGAGGGCAGCGGCGAUGACAGCGGCGGGAUGGGAUAUCUUGACUGGAGGCGGUGCUUGGAACGCUGCCGUGGUUUGUAGGGACACAGUGGGCUGCAGUAUGGUCAGCACAUGUGGUAAUUUGGGUUAUCGUUGGCGUAUGGAAUAGAGAAACCAACGACGAUUGGCAAGCAUGGAGCAACGGCUUUCGAGAAUGCUGGAGCAGAGGCCUUUCAAUUUCUAAGAGCGUCUUCC